AAGGAGGAAGGAGCGAUGAGCGGGGAAGCGGACGGCGCCCCCUGGUCGCCUGCAGCACCCUGCGAGCCCUCCUCAGGUGGCCCUGACGAGUCGUGCUGGUCAGUGUGUCUCUUGUCAGCGGCGAGUGCAGCGACCACGGAACAAACGGCCGACAACAUGUACACCCCGUACGGCCCCUACUUCGCGCCCACCCAAGACCCCUUCGCCCUUCUCCAGCAGGGUUGCUACCCCUCGUGCCCUGACCCUGCGGCGCAGGAUGACUACCCCUCGCAGUUCUACAACCAGCAGCAACAACAGCAGCAGCAGCCCCAGUGGCCGUACAACAACUUUCAGGAACACACACCCCUUUACAAGAGCCUCCCACUGCAACUUACUACUUCAGAACCUGAGAGCUGCACUUCAAGUCCCUCAUCUCCAGGAAAUGUUUGCUCGUCGAUUAGUUCCUCAUCAUCAACCCCGAAGAGGGCAAGAACCGCCUACAGCGCCGAACAGCUGAACAAACUGGAAACCUCGUUUCAGUCCAACAAAUACUUGUGCCGCACCAGCCGAAUCCAGUUGGCUCAGAGUUUGUCGCUGACGGAGCGUCAAAUCAAAAUCUGGUUCCAAAACCGGCGGAUGAAGGCCAAGAAGCUGGAGCGCCAGCAGACAAAGACUCCGCCGCCGGCGCCACCCCUGAGCAGCAGCGUCCUCGCAGACUUGUGUCCGCCCAACGUGGACAUCGGCCAGUUCUUCCGAGACAUGCCGCUGCCUCCGCCACCCCCGUUCAACCCCAGCAGUCUGUGGCAGCCGCACCGCCAGCUCAAGUCUGAGCCCCUCUGAGUGGGCAUCUCUGCAACUCCGGCGCGCCUCGCCAGCUGCAUAAGCCACAGGCGCUCCGACUGAAUGUACGUUGACUGAUUAAAUUCCGUUCUGUAAUGAAAAGGUGCUAAAAUUUUGUAACCACGCAGAGUUCUGUGGCUAAAAAUUUUCAAUUGGCACUACAGAUAUUUCAAACUGUGAACUUAAACAAAUACAAAAUAGAGAAGAAAGAGAACUGCUGUAGUUUUUAGGUUAAAUUCUAGAUACUGACUGAGAAUUUAAUAUGUAAUGAUUCUUGAAAAAGGUUUGCUUCAUUAAAUUUAACAUCCCUAUGACUGAAGCUUGAAAAUUUUUGAGGUCGAAUUGAUUUUUGUGCAAACUGAGUUUUGCAAAAUCUCUAGAAAUAUUAUAAUUUGAAUGAAAAAUAAUAAUUUCAUAGUGAGAUCGAGAGAGAUGUUUUGAAAUAAAAACUUAACGUGAAAUAAUAUUAGUGAGCACAUCAAAUAAAGUUGAAAAA